AUGGCGGCAAAUAACCCCGAAUCUCUUCAAAACCAGGGCCCGUUUCAUGCUCGUGUUCUUCCUUCUCAACCAGCGGUAAAGAGUUGGCACAAGCCCGGCAACGAACAAGGUAACGCUGCAAAACCAGAAUUUCACGCCCAGACGUUCCCACCUGGGACUGCACCAUUUGCGGAUUCCUUCCAGCCACAUCCCAUUGAUUCCAACAUAUCCGAGAACGCAUAUGAGGGAGACGGGUAUGGCGCAUUGGACAUGCCUGGUGCAACAUCAAAGGACAUCCACAACUCCAUUGAUUCCCUGCAUGGCAAGCCUUUGCAGGGUCAAGAAAACCGCGAAAGUAGAGGUGUUCAUCCACGGAAAAGAAAGAAGGAAAGAAGCGGUCUGGAAGGUGUUGGUGCAAGUACCAGCAAUUCGGUCUUUGACAAAGUACGGGAUACGGUUGCAGAUAAACCAGACGUGGAAAAAGGACAGAGAGGAUAUACGGGUCAGAAAGAGGGUGGACUAGCUGCUGCUGGAGCAGAAUCCAUUCCACCUGUGACAGCAGAGGAAAGGGCUGUUCGUCAAGGACCUCAUGGAUAUUCGGCGAAGUGA